AUGACCAACACCAUAUCUUCAUUUGAAAGUGUUGAGCUUACUGCUGUUUCCUUAAGACAUCAAAUCCAAUUCCGUCCAGAAGAUGAACUGUCCAGCGAUUCACUAACUCCCAUUGCCACAGUCACCGAGGAUGAUAGCUCUAUAGAAUAUCCUGAAGGUGGAUUAAAAGCUUAUUCAGUCAUACUUGGAUCAUUCCUAGGAUUAAUAGUUAAUCUAGGGUUGAUCAAUUCUAUUGGGGCCAUUCAAGCAUAUGUCUCUACACAUCAAUUACUGAAUUUAAAAGCUACUUCUAUAUCCUGGAUUUUCUCAAUUUAUUUAUCAUUAGCUUAUGCUGGUGGGAUCAUUACUGGACCAAUUUUCGAUAAACGUGGACCUUUAGAAAUAUUAAUUGCUGCCACGGCAUUUAUUUUCCUUGGAUUAAUGGGGGCAGCACAAAGUGUGGAAAUUUGGCAAUUUAUAUUGAGUUUUAUAAGUUUAGGGAUAGGUAGUGGAUUAGGGACAACUCCAUUAAUUGUUGUUAUUAGUCAUUGGUUUUGUAAGAAAAGUGGUAGUUUUACAGGGUUUGCUACAAGUGGUGGGUCAAUUGGAGGGUUGAUUUUCCCAUUAAUGUUGAGACACACCUAUAAUGUGUAUGGAUACGUUUGGGCAAUUAGAAUCUUAGCAUUCAUGUCUUUGGGUUGUAUGGUGUGUUCAAUUUUUUUAGUUAAAGAACGAUUCCAUAAAGUGAAAACUGAAGUUAUUGCCCAACAAACACAAAAAACAAAAUUUCUGAUUCAAGUUUUGAUGAACAAAUUGAAAUCGGUUAAUGCUAGUGAUUUCAAAUACAUUUAUGUAAUAUUAGGGGCGUUUUUCGCAGAAUUGUCAUUGAUUUUGUUGGUUACUUAUUUCCCUUCUUAUGCAAUUGCUCAAGGUGCUUCAGAGUCGACGUCUUUGUUGUUAUUGACCGUUUGGAACGCCACGGGUAUUUUAGGAAGAUGGAUACCUGGAUUUGUGUCUGACAUUUAUGGUAGAUAUAAUGUUUAUGUUUUCAUGUUAAUAUUGUAUUGUCUUUGCAUAUUUGUGUUAUUGUAUCCAUUUGGUUCAAGUGAGAAAAUAUUGUAUGCAUUUGCUGGUGUCGGUGGUUAUUGUUCUGGUUCUAUACUUGGUUUAUUACCAGCAUGCUUAUCCCAAAUUACUCCAGUUAAUGAAAUCGGUACCAAAUAUGGGAUUCUCAAUGCAGUAUUAUCCUUAGCAAACUUGUUUGGUAUACCUAUUGCUGCUUCAAUUAUUAAGGAUGGUACACCCAAGGAGUAUAAUAAUUUUGUCGUCUUGGUUGGUUGUUUGGCUGUUGCUGGUACAUUGUUUUGGUAUUUUAGUAGAGUAGCCAUUCUGGGUUUCAAACUAAACAUCAAGGUGUGA